AUGAUUUACGACGUUAACUCUCCUCUUUUCCGAUCCUUUCUCAGCCAGAAGGGAGGUUCCUCCGAUAAGAGGAAAAACGAGGAGCAGAAGCCUAAAGAACAAAGAUUCAAAGCCAAUGAGAACAAGCCUGUUAUGACAGAGUGA